UCCGGAGGGAGUUUCCGCGGAAUAAAAGCCGCUGCAGAUCGGCUGGUUCCGCUUCCUGCUUCUGACCGGAGAACCUGAAGAUUCACGGAGAGAAACUCAACCUCAGAUCCGAACAAACACGAUGGCCCAGUGGCAGGAGCUGCUGAAGCUGGACUCGGCGCUGCAGAACCGGGUCAGGCAGCURUACGAGGGCCGGUUCCCCACAGAGAUCCGGAACCAGCUGAGCCACUGGAUCGAGAGCCAGGACUGGAGUUCUGCGGCUGUGAACGAGAAUGCAGCGGCUGCGUGUUUCUGCGCUCUGCUGCAGCAUCUGGAGGAGCAGUGGCGCCGCUCGGUCCAGGAGAACGCCAUCCUGCAGGGGCCCGACUUCCCCAGGAUGAGGGCCUACAUAGUGGAGAACUUCCAGGCUCAGCCGCUGAACCUGGCCGCCAUUUUGUCUGAGUGUCUGAAGGAGGAGAAGCAGAUCCUGGAGUCGGUUACCAUGACGAUGGGCGGCAGCGCUGUCGUCAUGGCGCCGCAGUGGACGGAGCUGGACAACCGAGUGAAGCAGCUGAAGCUGCAGCUUCUGGAACUGAAGAAGGAGGUGAAAGUUCUGGAGGACCUGAGCGAAAAACUCGACUUCAUCCGGAACUCGUGGCAAAACAAAGUGGAGCAGAACGUGGAACUGGUCCAGUCCAAGGCCCUGGUGGAGCAGGAGUGUCUGAAGUUGGCCCGGUCCAUCUCCCAGACCAAACAGGUUGUGCUGCAGCGGCUGGUCAGCGUUCUGAACGAGGCGGCCGGUUCCGUCCAGACUCUGACCGGAGUGGAGCUUCCUCAGUGGCGGCGGCGGCAGCAGCGAUCCUGCAUCGGCAGCCCUGAGGACGCCGGCCUGGACCUGCUGGAGAAAUGGUUCACGGCAGUGGCUGAGGUUCUGCUCGGUGUCGGUGAACAGCUGCAGCGGCUGCAGGUCCAGAACCAGAGGUUCCCCGCCCCGGACUUCCCGGGCCUCACCGACUCCGUGGCAGAAAUGGAGAAGUUCUGCCGCGGUCUGAUCCGGAGCCUGCUGACCAGCGCCCUGGUGGUGGAGAAGCAGCCCGUCAUGCAGAACCUUCCUCAACGGCCGCUGAUCCUGAAGACCGGCGUUCGCUUCAAGGUCACUGUGAGGUUUUUGGUGAACCUUCCAGCUUUCAAGACUCUGAUCAAAGUCAAACCUGUUUUUGACAAGGACGUGGAGGAAGUGAAGACGAUCAGCGGUUUUCGGCAGUUCGAUUUCCCGCGUGAUGACUCCAAGGUUCUGGACGUGGAUCUGUCCAGCGGCGCGCUGACGGCGGCGUUCGAGCACAUGUCACUCAAAGAAAAGAAGUCCAGAGUUAAAGGUUCCUGUGAGAGCCAGCUGACGGUCACAGAGGAGCUGCACGUCAUCCGCUUCGUCACGCAGCUGCAGCACAACGGGGAGACCGUCCACAUCCAGGUGACCAGUAAAACCAGUGAACUGGUUCUGGACCGGCUGACGGCCCGCUCCGGUUCUGGACCGGCUCUCGGCCCGUUCCGGUUCUGGACCGAUGGUCCUGAUGGUCCUGAUGGUCCGAUUCACUGGAACAAGUUUUCCAAGGAUGAGAGCGUGUGGAUCUGGAUCGAUGGGAUUCUGGAUCUGAUCAAGAAGUUUGUGUGGGAGCUGUGGCGGGACGGGUGCAUCAUGGGAUUUGUUAGCAAGGAGAGAACGCGCUCCCUGCUGCGGGAGAAACCGGUCGGGACGUUUCUGAUCCGAUUCAGUGAGAGCAUCCGGGACGGCGCCAUCACCUUCAGCUGGGUGGAGCAGUCCGCCGGAGAGAAACACGUCCACGCCGUGGAGCCGUACACCAAGAAGGAGCUGUCGGUUCUGUCUCUGCCCAACGCCAUCUACAACUACACCCUGACCACGGCGGGGCGGAGCCACAACCCGCUGGUCUACCUGUACCCCGACACCCCCAAAGACGCCGCGUUCGCGCGCUACAGAGCGGCAGAGCCGUCUCCUCCCAGCAGGAACAUAAAGGACUACCUCUCCAGGAAGAUCACUUUGGUCUCCAUUGACCCCACGCCGCCGCCGUCUCCGCCCAGAGACAUGCCGAUGACGGACAUGGACCUUGAGUACCCCGAGGUGGAUCUGAACGACAUUCUCAARGAUUUAGAGGAUUUAUUGGACCUGCCUGACCUGUUGCAUGUCCACCAGUCGUCUCCUCUGGAAAGCUUCAGUGAUCCUGGUUUCUKGAAUCAAUUCAUCAGUCAGUGAUCAGAAAAGAAGUUUAUGAACAUGAGCUGGAUUAUUAUGUACAUAGUAAAAWUAAAAAAAUGCAAGUUUGUCUUAAGAGGGAAAUCCUUCCUCCAGGGUUUCAGGCUGAAAUAUAAAUACACUUUUCAGUUUUUACCUCAUUGCAUUUUAUUAAAAAUGUUUUAAUAAAGCUGUAAAUAUCCAAACAGAACAGAAUGUAUGUAUUGUCACUGUACAAUGAGAUUGAAGUUAACUCCAACAGUGAAUGUGAUCAACACAUGGYGAUUGUGGAAACCUUGCAUUUUAUYCACUAUAAGUUUAAAGCUGCCARUCUGUUUCCAUAGAAACAAAUUUAUUACUUUUAUCAGACAUGAUUUAUGCUGCAGAAAUAUUCGUCUGAAACUAUAAACUAUUAGUUUAAUGCCUUUUUGUAAAUACAGCAAAACAGGAGUAUGAACACGAUCGAUGUUUCUGUAUUACUAAGGAUGCGAUGAGAUGAACUUUUGCACCAUCUAGUGGUUGGAGUGUGAACUGCACCCGAUUUAUUGCGUUUAAAUUAGAAUUUCAUCAAUAAACCCAGUAAAUAAUCUUAA